CGUUUCCGGUGAUAAACAAAGCCGGUGUGUAAUGCUUUCCGUCGGUGCCUUUCUUCACGUUCUUUGUGCAAUCGAGCCGGUGUCUCGCUGAAAGGAUAUCUCCCAGCAAGUCACGCCAGUCAGUCAGUCUACCAGCGACGUCUACAGCGUGCGGAAGCAUUCCGGAAUAGGCUCCAGCUGUUUGCAAUUUCCCGUUUUGGGUUUGUUGUUCGAAAUAUUGAACAUCAACUCGGAAAGUUUAUCUUCCAGCAGUGGGGAGUGGAAGGGAAGGAGAAAAUGUGACUCUGAAAUGUGAGAUCAAAUUUAAUAAAUGUCACCCGACAUAAUUCAAACAAGGAAAAAAAAUCCCCAAACCUUGCGGCGCGGUUAAAAUAAAGAGAAUCAAAUAGAGUAUUCAGACUGGUCCGCAGAUUUCCCGCUGUUUUCGUUGGAGCACGCGUUUCGGUUGAUUCCGCUCGAUGGUUAAGUCAGUCUCGACUGCAGAAACAGAAACAAAACAACCGUAAGCUGUUCGAGUGUAUUGAAAGUAAACAAGAGGCAGCCGCCAGUCAACGUGUUGCGGACCAAUUGGACGUGACGAUGUCGCUCUGAAAGUGCGGUCGCGUCGUGGGUGAGAUGGAAGUGAAAUAAAUUACACGGCGGUUACAGAUUGAAGUGCGGGAAAGUGUUGAUUGCAGUGUGUGAAUGGUAAUAAAACGAGAGCGAGAAAAAAGUGCGAAAAAUCAAACUACGAGUCAACAACGUGGGGAAAUGUUUGUGGAUGUUUUAAAACACAUUAAAAUCAGGUCGCCUCGACAGAUGAGCUUUACCGCCUAGCAGUGGCAGCCGGCAAUGAAACGGGCCGCUAAAGUGCUCCUCAGAAAUAAGUAGGCAAUCUAACUUUUGCGGCUGACCUCCCAGGAAAAACGGAUAACAGAUGGGGGUUUCAAGAUUCUGCAACCAACAGAGAACAUCGAAAACUCCUGCUAGCAAAACGCCAUAACUCCGAGUCGGUGUCUUUAUGAGGUUUUAAUCGUGACUAACAGAUGCCACAACCAAAAAAAGAAAAAGUAGUAGUGAAAUAGCUAUGAGUGUUCCACGGUUUCGUGAGUCUUCGACCGCAUAACAUGUUGCUGGUUCUAUUAUUCUCUGCGGAAUAAAGUUUUCAAUUCUCGGCUGCAAGUGCGCUCGUUCGGCUCUGGAGCAUAACAGCGGAUUUGGGGUAACGAGAAAAAAGAUCCCACGACGUGCGGACUUUUCCGGUCACGUAAUUUCCUCGAAGUGCGAACGGUGAACGGUUAAGCCCGAAAUCGAAAACGCGGCGAAUGGCCUAUGUGGAUGUGAAAUUCGGUGUGCAUUGGUAUUCUGGAACAAGAAAAGGUGAAAGUGUCGUUAGUUGAUUAGAUAGCACUAACCGUUUUCGGUGGAGAAAAAUCGUACCCUUGUACUGCAAAGCUGUUAAUUUUUCGGAUUCGAAACAAGCGGAAUCUCUCGAGGCACCCUACAGAAUGGCCAUUCUUCAUUCGUGCUGCUUAUGGCGAACGGUCCGCAAAGGAAGCUACGCGAGCGUUAUCUACACCCUCUUCUAUUUCGGGAUUUCCUGCAUCACCUUAUCGAUAUUCGUGCACGAUGAGCGUAAAUUCCUGAAAGGCGAAGUGGACAAACCAAGCGGAGAAAGUUUCCUGGAGAAGGAGAGCAUAUCAACAGUUACUGUGAUAUUCAACAUUUUGCUGCUGGUGUUCGCGACUCUUGGAGUGUUCUCAUCAUUGCUAGUGAUAGUCGGUUUAAGACUGGACAAACGAGCGUUCCUGUUGCCAUGGAUCGUUGUGAUGAUUGCGGACCUUCUGGUGGAAUGUGCCCACUUCGUCUAUCUCAUCGUUAUUCAAACGCUGCGAUUCGAACCGGUCACGGCGAUGUUGUUCACAAUCGAUUUCUUCAUUAUGUGUCUUAAUAUUUACUGUUUGCUGUGUGUGAUAUCCCAAUACCAGGAGUAUAAGGCUGGUCGAGGCAGUGCCGAGAAUGAAUCCUACACCAGUAGUGUCAACAUCCAGUACAGUCCACCGACGGCCACUUGUCUCCCCCCGGGGAAAUCAAUACUAAGCCCGAUAAUGUGUCCUCACACGAACUGCACGCUGAUACCGGAGGAGACACAAAUAAACGGACCGAUUCUUGGAAUGCCCAUCACUCCCGAGAUUGUCCCUCUGUCUCUUGUUUCAGCUGCGCUCCCAUCGCCCCAGGUCAAACCCAUCGUCCCGACGUUCGCCCGGCAGAACUCGCUGCUGAUGAAGAAACACGUCAAGUUCAACCCUGGCGAGAAGGCGAAAAUUUGCUGCAGUGGGUUCAUCCAUCCGCAGAACAUGCUUCCCAGAGAGCACGUUAAAACCAACGGCCACAUGGUGCCGACGGAAUCGUUGCCGCCGCCGGCAGAAUACAGCGAAGAGAUUAUCACCUGGAAGGAGCAAAAGUUUGCGAAACACUACAACCCUGCGGACAAGUAGAAAAUAACGGUGGCCAUCAAACAGGCUUUCACAACAUCCGUUUUAUCUAACUGUGGCAAAUUCAAUGUCUCUAGAACGUUAUGUUAUAAUCGAUGAGAGAACCACUUCUACUUCGUAUUUUAGAACACCCAUUGUGAAUGUGACGUCAAAAUUCGAAGACUUUAUUCAAAACACGCUAUCACAAUUUUUCACCUAACUCUAACUAUCAAACCCAGUUCAACAUAUAUUCGCUAAUUUUAAUCUCCAGCAACAAAGUAUCGAUCUUCCUUACACCACUACCAUAUCCUCUCGAAUCGUCAAAGACGAGUAAGGCGUAUUUCAAAAAGUUUCUAUAAACACUCUUUUACACCACUCCAAUUAACCGUAGCAAAUCAAGGUUAGAUGUGUCAGAUAACUAAUUAACAAGUAUGACAAGGUGAAAGGCUGGAAAAGACGGUGGAGAGAACACUGGAAACAAAAAAAACUUGAAGAAAAACAUGGUUCGAUUUCACAGGAACACUAAACGGAGUGCCCCUCGAGGACAGCGCCUUAUUUUACACAAGUGGCCAACGAGUUAUUAUGAUCCUGGAAGCUUGUCUCGGUGGACGAAGCAAAUUGAAUACCAUAGGAGCAACGAAAGAGAUUGUUUGUAUAAUCAUAACCAGUGGAUUUGAAUUUGAGUGCAAUUCAUUUCAUACCAAAAACCACCAUCCUUCAGUCGAGUCGUGAAUUUUAAUCAAGCAAAUGAAUCUGUCUACGAUGGAUGGUUUGACACAUGAGAGCAACGAUACGUGCUUAUUUAUCGGUAGUGAAUUAAUCCGCAUUUUUUAACGAAAUAUGUGCAGGACACAGACGAAGCACAAUCGCGAGCGCAAUGUGGCAAUGUGAUUGUUGGUUCGCGAAAUAAAUUUUUAAAUGUGCUGGUUAUAAUGCAACGGAUUAGGAGCGGGAAAAUGUCAAAACUAGUCGUGGUGUUGAUACCAAAACAAAAUGCCAAUGAGGUUUUUUAACAAGUGUGAUACGAGAAUUAACAAUUUAAUGUAGUUGGUAAGAUUAUUGAGAAAUGAAUAUUUGUACAUUA